CGCCUCCGCGGCGGCUGGGGGGCGGGCCCUGCAGCCUUUGUUGCGCGCGGGCCGAGUCCAGCCGGGACCGGGAACAGCACGCGCGCGGCCGGGCAUGUCCUGAGCCAGAUCCAGGACCGGGCAGGAGUGGACGCGCGGACGAGCGCGCGGAGUGGCCGCAUGCCCGGCCCGGGCCCCCGCGACUCCUGUAGCCCCGCGCCGCUGCGCCCCCUGCUUCUGCUGCUCUGCGCGCUGGCGCCCGGCGCCCCGGGGCCACUGCCCGGUUUUCUCCCUGCAGGGCCAGCGGCCGAGGGCCGGACAGCGCUGGACAUCGUGCACCCGGUGCGCGUGGACGCGGGGGGCGCCUUCCUGUCCUACGAGCUGUGGCCGCGCGCACUGCGCAAGAGGGCCGUGACCGCGCGCCGGGCCGCGCGCGCCUUCUACGAGCUGCAGUUCCGCGGGCGCGCGCUGCGCUUCCACCUGGCAGCCAACACGCACCUGCUGGCGCCGGGCUUCGUGAGCGAGACGCGCCGGAGAGGCGGUCUGGGGCGCGCGCACAUCCGCACGCACGCGCCCGCCUGCCACCUGCUGGGCGAGGUGCAGGACCCUGAGCUGGAGGGUGGCCUGGCUGCCAUCAGCGCCUGCGACGGCCUGAAAGGUGUGUUCCAGCUCUCCGACGAGGACUACUUCAUCGAGCCGCUGGAAGGUGUUCCGGCCCGGCCCGACCGCGCCCAGCCCCAUGUAGUGUACAAGCGCCAAGCCCCCAAGAGGCGGGCUGAGCAGGGCCACUCCAGGGCUCCCGGCACCUGUGGGGUACAAGCGUCCCUGGAGCAGGAGUCCCGGCGGGAGCGCUGGGAGCAGCGGCAGCAGUGGCGGCGGCAGCGUCCAAGGCGUCUACACCAGCGCUCAGUCAGCAAAGAGAAGUGGGUUGAGACCCUGGUGGUGGCCGAUGCGAAGAUGGUGGAGUACCACGGGCAGCCGCAUGUCGAGAGCUACGUGCUCACCAUCAUGAACAUGGUGGCUGGCCUGUUCCAUGACCCCAGCAUCGGGAACCCUGUCCACAUCACCAUUGUACGCCUGAUUCUGCUGGAAGACGAGGAGGACGACCUCAAGAUCACACACCACGCGGACAACACCCUGAGGAGCUUCUGCAAGUGGCAGAAAAGUGUCAACAUGAAGGGGGACAGCCACCCACUGCACCACGACACCGCCAUUCUGCUGACCAGGAAGGACCUGUGUUCGUCCAUGAACCAGCCCUGCGAGACCCUGGGCCUGUCCCACGUGGCGGGCAUGUGCCAGCCACACCGCAGCUGCAGCAUCAACGAGGACACGGGCCUGCCCCUGGCUUUCACUGUGGCCCACGAGCUCGGGCACAGUUUUGGCAUUCAGCAUGACGGAAGCGGCAACGACUGUGAGCCUGUUGGGAAACGGCCCUUCAUCAUGUCUCCACAGCUCCUGUACGACGCGGCACCGCUCACCUGGUCCCACUGCAGCCGCGAGUACAUCACCAGGUUCCUGGACCGCGGCUGGGGUGUGUGCCUGGACGACGCUCCCGCCACAGACGCUAUGGACGCCCCAUCGGUGCCGCCCGGUGUCCUGUAUGACGUCAGCCACCAGUGCCGCCUCCAGUACGGAGCCUACUCUGCCUUCUGCGACGGCAUGGACAAUGUGUGCCACACACUCUGGUGCUCCGUGGGGACUACCUGUCACUCCAAGCUGGAUGCGGCCGUGGACGGUACCAGGUGUGGGGAGAGCAAGUGGUGUCUGAAUGGGGAGUGCGUCCCUGUGGGCUUCAGGCCUGAGGCCGUGGAUGGCAGCUGGUCAGGCUGGAGCGCCUGGUCCGUCUGCUCGCGGAGCUGCGGCGUGGGCGUGCAGAGCGCCGAGCGGCAGUGCACGCAGCCUGUGCCCAAAUACAAGGGCAAGUACUGCGUGGGCGAGAGGAAACGUGUCCGCCUCUGCAACCUGCAGCACUGCCCCACCGGCCGCCCCUCCUUCCGCCACGUGCAGUGCAGCCACUUUGACGCCAUGCUGUACAAGGGCCAGCUGCACACAUGGGUGCCCGUGGUCAACGAUGUGAACCCCUGUGAGCUGCACUGCCGGCCGUCGAAUGAGUACUUUGCCGAGAAGCUGCGGGACGCCGUGGUCGACGGCACCCCCUGCUACCAGGGCCAGGCCAGCCGUGACCUCUGCAUCAAUGGCAUCUGCAAGAACGUGGGCUGUGACUUCGAGAUUGACUCGGGCGCCACUGAGGACCGCUGUGGCGUGUGCCAAGGCAACGGCUCCACCUGUCACACCGUGAGCGGGACCUUCCAGGAGGCAGAGGGCCUGGGGUACGUGGAUGUGGGGCUGAUCCCGGCCGGUGCCCGUGAGAUCCGCAUCGAGGAGCUGGCCGAGGCUGCCAACUUCCUGGCCCUGCGGAGCGAGGACCCAGAAAAGUACUUCCUCAACGGUGGCUGGACCAUCCAGUGGAACGGAGAGUACGAGGUGGCAGGAACCACCUUCACGUACGCUCGCACAGGCAACUGGGAGAACCUCACGUCCCCGGGGCCCACCAACGAGCCUGUCUGGAUCCAGCUGCUGUUUCAGGAAAGCAACCCCGGGGUGCGCUAUGAGUACACCAUCCACCGGGAGGCUGAUGACCACGGCCUGGGCCCGCCACCCGAGUUCUCCUGGCACUAUGGGCCCUGGACCCAGUGCACAGUCACCUGCGGCACAGGUAUGCAGAGGCAGAUCGUGUCCUGCACUGAGCGGCUGGUAGGGCCUGUGGACGAGAGACACUGUGACCCUCUGGGCCGGCCCGAUGACCGCCACAGGAAGUGCAGUGAGGAGCCCUGCCCGGCCCGGUGGUGGGCAGGUGAGUGGCAGCUGUGCUCCAGCUCCUGUGGGCCCGGAGGCCUCUCCCGCCGGGCUGUGCUCUGUAUCCGAAGCAUCGGGCUGGACGAGCAGAGCGCCCUGGAGCCACCUGCCUGCGAACACCUGCCCCGGCCCCCUGCCGAAACUCCUUGCAACCGCGAUGUGGCCUGUCCAGCGACCUGGGCCCUGGGGAACUGGUCUCAGUGCUCGGCGACCUGCGGCCCGGGAGCUCAGUACCGCAGUGUCCUCUGCACCAAUGACACUGGUGUCCCCUGCGAUGAGGCCCAGCGGCCAGCAAGUGAGGCCGCCUGCCGCCUGCCACCCUGCCCGGGGGCCCUGGACGUGCUGGGUCCUGAAGGCUCGGGCAGCGGCUCCUUCAGCCACGAGCUGUACAACGAGGUGGACUUCCUCCCGCCCCACCUGGCCCCCCGUCCUCUGCCCCCGUCGUCACCUGAGUCGGCCGGCGGGGGCAACGCCAUCGAGGAGGAGGGCCCCGAACUGGGCCCACCGGGGCCCGUGUUCGUGGACGACUUUUACUACGACUACAACUUCAUCACCUUCCACGAGGACCUGUCCUACUGGCCCUUCGAGGAGCCCAGCCCAGACCCGGCGGGCACAGGGGACUGGACACCCCCGCCCCUGAGCAGUCCUGCAGAGCCCCCCACGGGCACCCCCGCACCGGCCUCAGAGCCUCCUGGGGCCGAGGAGGGGGCGCCACGAGAUGGGUCCCCUGCCCCUUGGCCCAGCCAGGCCGGACGCUCCCUGCCCCCACCUUCAGAGCAGACCCCGAGGACCCCGUUGGUCAACUUCUUGUCUGAGGAAGACUCCCCCGUGGGGGCCCCAGACCUCGGGCUCCCCAGCCUGCCCUGGACUCCUGCUUCAGUUGGUGGCAUAGCGACGCCUGUAGCUCCUGGAGACCAAGAUGAGUUCCUGGGCGAAGACUAUGGCCUGAGCCGGCCACCCCCUCCUCAGUGGGAGUGGACCAAUGAGGUUUCUGACGACGAGGAGGCCGUAGGCCGCCCAGGGCCCCACCUGCCCCAGAGCCCACUGUCCCCCGUGUCCACGAGCACCACCCACUCCUCUCCUAGUCCUGACACAGUCGAGCUGUGGACGAGCGGGACCAUGGCCUGGGAACCAGCUCUGCAAGGGGACCUGGGGCCUGUGGACCGUGAGCUGUGGCCCACCGUGGGGGGGCCUCCUCCCACGGCCUCCCUGCCAGAGGCCCAGGGCAGGGACAGCCCGCUGCAGCCAGGGGCACCCACCCCGCCACCCCCAGGACUGGCAGUGCCGGGGACCUUCCUCCUGACAGCCCCCACUGGUCCAGGGCACACACCUUGGGUGACCACUCUGAGUCCAGGAUCCUUGGGUCCCCCUGGGCCCCCCAGCCCAGAAGCGCCCCCGAGCUUAGUGCUGUUGUCCACACCAGCUGGUGACACUCCAGCCAACAGCAGCAGAGUCCCUGAGACCCAGACUCUGGACCCCAGCCUGGCCAAAGAGGGGCCCCCUGAGGACCUGCCACCAGCCAGCAAUGCCAGCUGGGAAGUGGGAAACUGGAGUGAGUGCUCCACCACCUGCGGCCUGGGUGCUGUCUGGAGGCCCGUGCGCUGCAGCUCCGGCCGCGAAGACGACUGUGCCCCAGCUGGCCGGCCCCAGCCCGCCCGUCGUUGCCACCUGCGGCCCUGUGCCACCUGGCAUGCAGGCAACUGGAGUAAGUGUUCCCGCAGCUGUGGUGGAGGUACCUCCGUGCGGGACGUGCAGUGUGUGGACACACGGCACCUCCGGCCGCUGCGGCCCUUCCACUGCCAGCCCGGACCUGCCCAGCCGCCUGCCCGCCGGCCCUGCGGGGCCCAGCCCUGCCUCAGCUGGUACACCUCCUCCUGGAGGGAGUGCUCUGAGGCCUGUGGCGGUGGGGAACAGCAGCGUCUGGUGACCUGCCCGGAGCCGGGCCUGUGCGAGGAGGCGCUGAGACCCAACAGCACUCGGUCCUGCAACACGCAGCCCUGCACGCAGUGGGUGGUGGGGCCCUGGGGCCAGUGCUCGGCCCCCUGCGGUGGUGGCGUCCAGCGGCGCCUGGUCAAGUGUGUCAACACCCAGACGGGGCUGCGUGAGGAGGACAACGAGCAGUGUGGCCAUGAGGCCUGGCCUGAGAGCUCCCGGCCGUGCGGCACCCAGGACUGCGACCUCUCUGAGCCCCCACGCUGUGAGCGCGACCGCCUGUCCUUUGGCUUCUGCGAGACGCUGCGCCUGCUUGGCCGCUGCCAGCUGCCCACCGUGCGUGCCCAGUGCUGCCGCUCCUGCCCCUCGCCCGGCCACGGUGGCCCCUCCCGCGGCCACCAGCGGGCCACCCGCCGCUGACCCCUGGCCGGGUGCAUGGACAGACAGACAGACGACUACCGACAGCCGCACGGACCUCAGUGCCCACCACCCCUCGCGCCCCAAUGGUGCUACCCGGGCCCCUGCCUGCAGCAGGCGGGGAACCCCUCAGAAAGGUAUUUUUUUAUUCUCACAGUUUGUGUAACACUUAUUAUUAUUAUACAUAAACGAGCACCUACCGUGUCAGAGCGCAGCCUGGUUUCCUCCUGGAUGGGGGCGUCAGGUCUGAAACCCCACGCCCCCCGUCCUCUGCCUGACAUGCCACCUUGUCAUGGGCUUCUCUGAGAGGCCAACAGGGAGGAGCGGACGAAGCAGCAGACGGGACCCAGGUGGGUGGGGGGCUGGAGGAGGCGUACACAGGGCCCCCGAGGCUGCGUACGGGGUGGGUGCAGCCUGGCAAAGGCCCGGGGGUGCUGGUCCCUGCUCAGACCCCCAGCCCACCAUGUCCCCUCUGAGGUCCUCGGACCCAUGGUUCACAGGGAAAGCCCCCCCGCCCCACACACACCAGCAAGGCCCAUCUUGUCAGCAGCAGGACCUGUCCCUGGGGGGGUGGUGGGGGAGCCCCAUGGGCGCGUCUCUGGCGCUCUGCUCCCUCUGCACCCAAGGGGCAGGGGCACCACCUGGGCUCUGACACCCCUGGGGCUGUUGCCGCUGCCCCCCUCCCCAGGGUGGAGGGAGAACACUGGCCAGCUCACUUGUCCCUUUCCUUCAUCUCCUCGGCGCCCAGGGAAGGGGCCAGCCAGUUACAGGUCUGCCUCAGGUGGCCUCUCCACCAGCCAACCCCAGGUGCUCGGCCCCUGCUGCACGGACCUGGGGCCCGGACCCUGGACCUGCCCCCUGCGCCUCCUGCAAACCCUUUUCCAUGGGGGGAGCCUGGUACAGAUGCCAGGGAGCAGACAGGCCUGGUGCUGGGAAGCGGCCUCGGGGGAGGCUGCAGCCGGGGCUCGUCUGUCCUCCGGUGGCCAGCCCCUCCGGGAAGCGGCCCCUGCAGGCCCCGGUCCUCACCUUCGGCUGGAGCCCUGGACUUGACCCUUUCAUAACCUGCUCCUCAGGCCUACUCCUGGAAGGUGUCACCCCCCUUCUCCAUGGCGGGCGCUGACGAUCAGGAGGUCCAGACCCCAGCCCCCACCGGGGACACCACUCGCACCCCAUUCUACGGUGUGUGCCACUCAGACUGAUGUUGAGUGCUGGUCCUGGAGGGCACUGGCCCUGGGCCACGUGGCCACUCAUGGCUGCAUGUGUGGGGACACUGAAAAUCACUCCUUGGGCCUUGAGACCAGGGCAGCACCACAGGCUGAAGCAUCAGCGUGUCUGUCCCAGGACUGGCCCCCACAUGGAAGGGGGGGCAGUGGUGCCCCAGUGGUAACAGUGCUGCUGCCCCCACUGCUCUCUGACCACAUGUCACCCCAUUUCAGACAAGAAGCACAAGGCUGAGAGGGAGGUGACGGGCCCACAGGCCCUGAGCCCCACCUCCCGCUGAGCUCUGCGCCCCCCAGACCAGGCAGGAAAAAGGCCCUGAGCAGGCCCCACGGUGGCCGGACAGAGGGCAGUCUGUCCAAGGCCACUCAGGAAAGCCAGUCACUGGGGAGCCUGCCUGAGUCCAAGGAUCACCUCACCAUCCAGGGCGGAGGGACGACAGGCCUGCUUCCUGUCUGUGUGCAGACGCCCGGCCGGCCCGGGGGGCCCUGGGGACCAGGCUGAGUAAUGGCUUCCAGGGCUGCCACUGUCACGGCCUCUCACAGGGACAGAGAGCCGGCCUCUGCUUCGGGGCUUCCGACCCACAGGCGAGCCCUGGGGUCCAGCCCCAGCUGUGCCACUGCCGUGGUGCUGGGUGGCCUCGGGAGGCCUCCGCCUGGCCGCAUCUCGUCCUGGGAGGAGCCCACGCCCCAGGUCCUCGCUGCUCGGACGUCUGGGAACCUCCUGGAGCCCUCCUCCCCCACACCAUGGGAGGACAUUUGGUCUUAAUCAUUCUCCUAUGUUUUCCGAUGGUGGGGGGUGGUGUCUCUAGUGGCAGCUGGGCCUGAGCUGUCAUCCCAGGCAGGAGGCAAACAACCCGUGACUCAGGCAGGGCAUGUCACAGC